AUGCUGCUGCUGAAAGUGCGCAAGAGCGUCGAGCACGUGGACGCACUCCUGGCCGACGUGAAGCUCAUGGCGACGCUCGAGCACGCGCGCAGUGUCCCGUUCGCGGGCAUGGCUUGGGACUCACUGACGGACUUGUGCGCCGUCUCGGAGAUUAUGGAGGGUGGAAACUUACGCGCGUUGCUGAGUGUGUGUGAAAACACCACAGGCUUUGAGCUCAGCAAGUUGACGAUCGCUCGGAACGCGGCGUACGUGCUCACCCUAGAGACCAAUCUCACAGCUAAGCGAGAAGACGACGAGAUGACGGCCGGCGUUGGCAUGUCGCGGUGGAUGGCGCUGGAGGUGGUGUGUCAUGUCAUUUCGUAUUCACACGCAAAAGGCUGCGGGGAUAUUGACUCAGACCACAAAGUCUCUGAGGUGGUCAUCAUCUAG